CGCCGAGGUCUGCGCAUGCGCGCGGGGCGCGGCGGCGACGCCGACACAACCGCCUCCUCCGCGCUCUCUCCCUGCUGUGUUACCGCGGCUCUCCGCCCCUCCUUCCCGCGGCGCCCGAGGGACCAUGGCCGAUCCUCGCGUGAGGCAGAUCAAGAUCAAAACCGGCGUGGUGAAGCGAUUGGCCAAAGAAAAAAUGAUGUAUGAAAAAGAAGCAAAACAACAAGAAGAAAAGAUUGAAAAAAUGAAAGCUGAAGAUGGUGAAAAUUACGCCAUUAAAAAGCAGGCAGAGAUCCUGCAAGAGUCCCGGAUGAUGAUCCCAGAUUGCCAGCGCAGGUUGGAAGCUGCAUAUACUGAUCUUCUGCAGAUACUAGAGAGUGAAAAAGAGUUGGAAGAAGCUGAGGAAUAUAAGGAAGCACGUUUAGUACUGGAUUCAGUGAAGUUAGAAGCCUGAAGUUUUUCUGUACAUGGUGUUUUGAAUUAAUCUUGGGAUUCAUUCCACAAUUCAUUACUUUUGACCACUGCUAUGUGUGUUCAAGUAGUAUGAGAAUGUGAUUCUUUUUAUGCAAGUUGCAUAUCUUUUUCUUUGCCUAAUUUAAUGUGUCAAAUAAAUGAAUUCGUCUAAUAAAAUUGUUUAUUUCAUACUUU